AUGGGAGGACGGAGCGGGGUCCCGGGCGGACGCGCGCUCGGGGACUUUGGGCAUUACACCUGUGGAGGCCGCGGCGGGAGCGCUGCGCCUCCUCUCAUCCCGGCCCGGUGCGCGGGAAGCCCGGGUCCGGCGCGUCCUCAUGGGCCAGCGGGCUUGGAGGCGGGUCCGGAGGGCAGCGGAGCGCCCAGAAGCAUGACGUCCCAGGAAGGCAAUUAUGGGAAGUGGACGAUAUCCAGUAGUGAUGGAAGUGAGGAGGAGAAGCCACAGCUGGACAGGCCAUCUGCCUCUCUCCUCCCCCACGCCAGGCAGGGGGCCACUGGGCAGCCGCAGUGCACCUGCUCCGAGGCUCGGAAAGCCGCCCACACGAGGAAGCCGGAGCCCGUGAAAUUCAGCACCACAGACUCAGUUUCAGAAGCUUCACCCUGCAAAAGACAGAAGAGCGGUUCCCAGGAGGACCUCGGCUGGUGUCUGUCCAGCGGUGAGGAUGAACUGCCUCGAGAGCUGCAGCAGGAGCAGCCGAGGGCCUGGGUCAAAGAGGAGAAAGGCCCCCUUCUCCCAGGGACCGAGCGCCUCGGGGAGCUGGGCCUCACGGCCCCCCGACCAGCCGUGGGCUCCCGGAGGAGGAGGAUGAGCAGGAAACGUCGGGCGAAGGCCAGGCUGUCUGGGACUUGCUGGAUAAAGGGAGCCCCUUCCGGUUCUGCCUCACGAGAGCCUCCGGGAUUAAGCCCAAGUGUAACACGGGACCCCUCCACGUCAAGGCUACUUUAUCUCCUCUCUUUGGGACACUUGUUUCUUCAGCUCAGUUUAACUACCGCUUUGACGUGGACUGGCUUGUAA